AUGCCCCUCCCCGUCUCACAGUCUAAGGUCAAUGCCAUACGUCAAGGGCUCCUCUGCAAGGACCAUGACCGAGAGUCAGAAGCGAUGGCGCAGCUGUACGAUAUACCCCCUGCGACUGGCUACGAUAACGUGUGGCGCCUUAUUGAUGAAGUUUAUUCAGAGCAUCUACUCAAGGGGUCUCUACGUGGGGAAAUGAAGGAGAUCAGAGCAGAGUGGCGUAAGGCAGGCUUUAAGAGUGACCGACCGAAGAGGAUUAGCCACCGUCGACGUACCUCCAAAGGGAGUAAUACCACAACUACCAGCAGCAGUGCAGCACGAGGGACGACUCCAAAGCGAAAACUACACAAGGGGGAGAGGGAACCACAAGAGAUCCCUGAGGAGGAGGUUCGGCCGAAGCUGAGCCCUCGCACUUCUGCUCUCGAGUGGUGCGACGCCUGUGGAUGGGCCCCCGAGGGCUCGUCGUCACCUUUGCUGCAGUGUGGCGCAUGUAAAGUGAAGGUUCAUAAGGCAUGUGCUGGCAACAACUGGGGCACCCAGGGACUUUGUGAAUUGUGUUCAAAUGUAGCUAAGACAGAAGGAGCUUCACUUGAAGAUAUGCGGCAGUUUGGAGGAGAGCUUGUCACCGAGAGGAGCCUCUGCCAAAUAUGCGGCCGGAAUUACGUCGACUGUGCCACCGAUUCUGGUGAAGACAUGCGCAUCGGCCUGUACAUGGUCUCAGCUGCUUCGAAGGGUGAAUGGGCACACGGCAUCUGCUGCAAGUAUGCGGAGUCGUCCUUGGUGGAGGAUGUAGAGCACACUCUCCUCUCUGUGUUCCGGUCUCGACCGGCCCCCCAUGAGCCGGGCUCGGGCUGCGACCAUCAGCCGGCGUCUGGGUCUCCACUGGCCUCUUCGACUGGUGACAGUACCGAAUCACUCCAUGAAAUUAACCAACGAUACAAAAGGAAUAAAAUACAACUGGUCGACUCCCCCAUAGCGAGCAAGAGGCGUCGACGAGGAAGCGAAAUUGAAAUUCCCAAACCUGCUGAGGCCUCGCAACCGUCACUUUUCGAAGUGGCCGACAUCCACGAUGAGGAAGUCUCGAGUGGGUCGAAGUCUUCCCCUAUUCGCACACCAGAGGUGGCGAAUCAGCCUAGUACUGGACCAUCACAUACUACAGGUUCAGAGCGACAGAAGAUUGCAGGAAAACUCAGCGAUGCCUUGAUGGACGCCACUGACAGCAAGGGAGAGAAGUGGCGGUUGGUGGCCGAAGCUGCUGUGAUUGAAGGGAAGCUCCACGAGAGGGAGUUCAGCAGUCGGGCCGGGUAUUUGAGUUUGGUCCGUCAGUUCAAGAAGUUUCUGGCCAAGAAGGACUCGGUCCCUCGUAUGAAGUUGCGAAGAGGCGAAGUCGAUGGUGCGUAUGUCGGUGGUUUGGAGCCGUGGGAACUUCAAGAUGAGGCCUCUAUUGAGGAGAGGAGGCGACUAGAGAAAAAAAAUAUGCGGAUGGUCACUCUCGGCGACAUCCCGAGAGAAGUUGACGACGAUGACGAGGACCAGCCUCCGGCUAAUCACGACUGUGUCGAUACCCAAGAGGGCCUUUCUGUGGGCCCCAACGGUCUACCUGUCAUGCCUCCUUCGCCCAACCCGUGUACAGGAAAAGACGACUCUACCGACUUGAUCGAUUUGGUGGAAUCGGAUUUCGAUGGUGAGAGCUCUGAUUCUGAAGGGACCAAGAAUCGGCAACGGCUGUGGUGGGAGACCUGA